AUAAAACAAAAAUCGGACAUACCGCAGUUUCUAAAGUUUCUAAAAAAAAAAUAGCAAUCAAAAAAUGCAAGAAAAUAGCGGAAAUUAUUCGAAUAUGCUCACAAGAAGAGGCGAUAAAAUUGAUUAAUUCAGAGCUAUUAGAAGAUAACUCCGCGUCAUCAUUUAUUUUUAUCAAUGUUGGUCCGCCAAAACCUAGAAAAAGACGACAGGCUUACAAUGAUUCCGGGAGACAAGAAGCAGCUCGAAGCGCGUUACCCAACUUCAAUGAUUCCGGAAGACAGGAAGCAGCUCGAAGCGCGUUACCCAACUUCAAUAAUUCCAGGAGACGAAAAGCAGCUCGAAGCGCAUCAUCCAACUUCAAUAAUUCUGAGGAACAAGAAGCAGUUCGAAAUGCGUCACCCAACUUCAGUGAUUCCGAGGAGCAAGAAGAAUUUCGAAGCCUGUCACCUGAUUUAUUUGUUGAAUGGCCAUUUUGUCUACAAUCUUCUUCAGAAUAUUUUCCUUCAGAAUAUAUGGGUACUUUGAAAACGGAUUCAUGUGAUCAAUAA